AUUCCUGAUUCCAAACUGAAACUUUUUUUUAUUUAUCCGCCAUAAAGCCGGGAUUAUGAUGAUCCCAAGUGUCCUCGCGCCUCCCGCUCUUUACCCGGGGCUGUACCGACCCGCCGCGGCUGUGCCGUCCGUCUUCCCGGCUCACUCCAGCUUCUUGGUAGAGGACCUGCUGCGGAUAAGUCGACCCACCGCCUUCAUGAACCGAACCGCCCCGCCGGUCGACGCCUCCAUGCCCGCCGCGUCCUAUAACGGAGCCUCCGCGGUGACGCGCGACUCCUGCUCGCCCAAAACCUCCAAGGAUCCAAGUUUCCUCAAGUUUGGAGUGAGCGCGAUUCUGGCUCCGUCACCAAAGACAGCAUCUUCACCUCCAGCAAUCCACAGCCUCCACGCCAAGACCUUCCCAGUGCCCUGCUUUGACGGAACCUUCCACCCCAUGUUCAGGACGCCAUAUUUACCAGCAACAUCCUCCGUUGUUCCCAUCCCCGGGACCUUUUCGUGGCCCCUGGCCGCCAGAGGAAAACCCCGCAGAGGAAUGCUGAGGAGGGCCGUGUUCUCCGACGUUCAGCGCAAAGCUCUGGAGAAAAUGUUCCAGAAACAGAAAUACAUCAGCAAACCCGACAGGAAGAAACUGGCGUCCAAACUGGGCCUUAAAGAUUCGCAGGUAAAAAUCUGGUUCCAGAACCGCCGGAUGAAGUGGAGGAACUCCAAAGAACGGGAGCUGCUGUCGUCCGGCGGCUGCCGAGAGCAGACCCUUCCCACCAAAUCCAACCCCCACCCGGACCUCAGCGACGUGGGGAAGAAAUCCUCCGCCGAGGACGAAGAGGAAGAAGAGGAGGACGAGGAGUUUAGAAGAGAGAGAAUGAGCGUGGCAGGAUGCAGCGUCUCCUCGCCCUCCAUGUCCAGUAAACACUCAGACUUCUCAGAGUCAGACGACGAAGAAAUAACGGUCUCUUAAUUUAUUUUUUUAUAAAAACUUAUAAUUUGCGAGUUGUUUUCAUGUGACUGUGAACUGAUUUGUAACAACUCAUUGCAUGUUUCUCUGUUUUGUUGCAUUAUGCGCACUGGACAGGUUCUGCUUCUGAGAGCGUUUGCUGUUUUUGCACAGCUUUGUUCAACUGUACAGUAUUUUGUACAAUUUGUAUGGAAGUUUUAUGCCAAGAAUAUUGAGUUACUUUCACCCCGAUACUGACUAGAGUUGUUUAUUGAGAAAAUGUAGCUAUUUCGUUAAUAAUUUAUAUAAAUUUGUUUAAGUAUGUUGUAUUAUGUCUUGUAUAUACGUUUCGUUUCACCACUUUUGUACAAACACCAAAUA